AUGCAUCGUGAGUUUUGCCUUCGCUGUUUUGGAUUCGAUGAAGAUUGGCAUCGACGGAAGAUCGAGCUGAACUCGAAGGUUGGUGAGGAAUUGGUGUCUCGAAUGAUGCUAUCAGAUUUAGCGAAGAAAUUCCUCGUACAACGAGAGCUGCAAAUCGCUAAUAGUGGAGUUCUUUUCUGCGCUCCGAUUUUCGCCUGGUUUGCCAUAUUUGGUGCAGGUUAUGCCUUCGUCCUCGGUUUCUCCAAAGUCGUUGGAUUAGUCCUUGGUUCAGUGGCUGCGGCAGCCAUUAGUUUGGUCAUUUUUCGGCAAUUUUAUAAAUCUUAUAACCUAUACAAAAUGCAGUGGGCAGAUGAGAAGGCAGUUGACUUGUGA